GAUGGAUGCAACUCUGAAAGAGCUGACCAGCUUAGUGAAAGAAGUCUACCCAGAAGCACGGAAGAAGGGCACGCACUUCAAUUUUGCAAUUGUCUUUACAGAUCUCAAGAGGCCUGGAUAUAGGGUGAAGGAGAUCGGCAGUACCAUGUCGGGCAGGAAGGGCACAGAUGAUUCCAUGACGUUGCAGUCUCAGAAAUUCCAGAUAGGAGACUACUUGGAUAUAGCAAUUACUCCUCCGAAUCGUGCACCACCCCCAUCAAGCCGCAUGAGACCGUACUAAACUAUUGCUUCUUUGUAUGAUUACAUCUUCUGUUUAUUCCUACUUGCUGUUCUAAAGCAGGCUUUUUUCUUUUGCUUUUGUUGCUAAGCAAGAACACCUGAAGACAAAGCUAAGCAUCAGAAAUGAAAGUUAACUUUUAAACCUUCACUUUUAGUUUAUUUGUUUAGAAGAAACACUUACCUUUAGCAGUGCCAUCAUCCUAUCCCUGAUUGUUAUAGUUUGAACAGUAAGUCAGUGUGUCCAGUCUUUCAAGAUUUCCAUAAAAUGCGACCAGAAGGAUUACAGGUGUUCUGUAGUUCUGUCUUGUUUGGAAUAAAGAUUGAUGUUACUAAG